AUGUCUGGCGGCAGCCCCGGGGACAGUCCUGUCAGUGUCUCAGGCACUGGAUCUUAUGUGGAUUACCUGUAUGAUAACUCGGGUUCCCCAUCUGUACCCAGUGAUGUUUCAUUGUUUAACGCUGAUGCUCUGCUCAGUCCUUCCAUGCUCACCGCGACCGGUCGGGCCCGUGGGAGAGGCAGGACUAGGGGACGGCCACGGGGCAGUGGGCGAGGGGGCAGAGGUGUGACGAGAGGUGUGAGAGGAUCAAGAGGUCCGAGGGGUGGUAGAGGCAGCAGGGGCAGAGGGAGGGGUGCAAACAUCUCACAACUUUCUCAGAUGGGGGAUGUGAUGGGGACAAUGAAGAAACCAGAUGGCAUGGUGUCUUGCGGUAGUAUGUCACCCAUAUCUGUGCGCAGUAAUAUGUCACCCAGGGGUAAUAUUUCACCAAUGGGCAGUCCUGGUGAGAUGUUCCCAAGUCCCAACUCAAAUGUUGGUCUGCAAAGAUCUACAUCAACAGUCAGUAACAAGAGUCAGCAUUCUUUAUCAGGGACACAAGGGGUGGAGUUACAGAGACUUUAUUCAGACAGCAACAUGCAGGUUGACAUCAGAUCAUCAAGCCUGCAAAGGAUGGUAUCGGAUGACAGCGGGAUGUUUCAGAGAAUGACGUCGUUGGAUGGUAUUGACAUGCUAGAUGCCAGU